GCGACCUGGACGCGGUAGGCUUGACUUGGGAGCGCGCACGCCGUGCGUCCCGGGCUCGCUCGCGAUACUCUCCUGGCGCCGCCGUGGAAGGCAAGGAAGGCAAACAGUUUGGCCCGCCAUGUUCUUCUCUGCGGUGCUUCGGGCCCGGGCGGCCGGCCUCACCUACCAGUGGGGAAGGCAUAUAAGGAAUUUACAUAAGACAGCAGUGCAAAAUGGAGCUGGAGGAGCUUUAUUUGUGCACAGAGAUACUCCUGAGAAUAACCCAGAUACCCCAUUUGAUUUCACACCAGAAAACUAUAAGAGGAUAGAGGCAAUUGUAAAAAACUAUCCAGAAGGGCAUAAAGCAGCAGCCGUGCUUCCAGUCCUGGAUUUAGCCCAAAGACAGAAUGGAUGGCUGCCUAUUUCUGCUAUGAACAAGGUUGCAGAAGUUUUACAAGUACCUCCAAUGAGAGUAUAUGAAGUAGCAACUUUUUAUACAAUGUAUAAUCGAAAGCCAGUUGGAAAGUAUCACAUUCAGGUCUGCACUACUACACCUUGCAUGCUUCGAAACUCUGACAGCAUACUGGAAGCCAUUCAGAAAAAGCUUGGAAUAAAGGUUGGAGAGACUACACCUGACAAACUUUUCACUCUUAUAGAAGUGGAAUGUUUAGGGGCCUGUGUAAAUGCACCAAUGGUUCAAAUAAAUGACAACUACUAUGAGGAUCUCACACCUAAGGAUAUUGAAGAAAUUAUUGAUGAGCUCAAGGCUGGCAAAAUUCCAAAACCUGGGCCAAGAAGUGGACGCUUCUCCUGUGAGCCAGCUGGGGGUCUUACCUCUUUGACUGAACCACCGAAAGGACCUGGCUUUGGUGUGCAAGCGGGCCUAUAAUAUAUGACAUAGGAGAAAUAAACAUGAAUCUCCUAUCUACAUAAAUUUUUAAUGUUGUUUAUUUCAAUCUGUGUACAUUUUGGUAGUAACCUAGCAACUUGGAGAUACAAGUACCAUGUCAGAACUUCAGCGCUCCAUUUUAAAGUCUUCUGCUAUGUAUUGCUAACUAUGAACACAUUAUUCCAUAAUCUAUUUAACAGUUACUCCAAUAUCACACAUUUUCAAUGCCAGGUCAUUCUUAUCAAUAAUGCUAGGUUAUUGUAAAAUAAAAAUUCUGUCAAAUUUCAAAUACA